CAGUUUACCGUCUUUCUUGGUUCGAUAACAAUGGUGGGCGAUCGAAGAAGAAGUAGCUUGUUCGACUUCUUUCUUUUCUCCGCGUCUCUGCUAUGCCUCUGUUUAGCUCCGAUCACGGCAUCGGCACAUCGUCGGAAACUGAGGUUCGGUGUGGACGGCGAGUUCAAGAUCCUGCAAGUGGCGGAUAUGCACUUCGCAAACGGCGCGACUACACGGUGUCUCAAUGUGCUUCCUAGCCAGGAGGCUCACUGCUCCGACGUCAACACCACCGUCUUUAUGUCCCGAGUCAUCGCCGCCGAGAAGCCUGACCUCAUCGUCUUCACCGGUGAUAAUAUUAUGGGGGCUGGUGUUAAGGACGCUGUGAAAUCCUUGAACGCUGCUUUUGCUCCAGCGAUUGCGUCUAAAAUCCCCUGGGUUGCUAUUUUGGGAAACCACGACCAAGAAUCUACACUGACACGACAAGAACUCAUGAACCACAUUGUGAAGCUUCCCAACACGUUAUCUCAAGUGAAUCCUCCCGAGGCUGCUCAUUACAUUGAUGGGUUUGGUAAUUACAAUCUCCAAAUCCAUGGAGCUGCUGAUUCCAGUCUACAGAACAAAUCCGUUCUCAAUCUCUAUUUGCUCGACAGUGGAGAUUACUCUAGUGUUCCUGACAUGGGACUUUAUGAUUGGGUCAAAACGUCUCAGCAAUUCUGGUUCGACCGCACUUCAAAACGUCUCCAGAGGGAGUACAACGCAAAGCCUAAUCCUCAACAAGGUAUGGCUCCAGGACUAGCUUACUUCCACAUUCCUUUGCCGGAGUUUUGGAGUUUCGACUCAAAGAACGCCACAAAAGGAGUGAGACAAGAAGGUACAUCCUCGGCUUCUACAAACUCGGGUUUCUUCACGACAAUGGUGGCUAGAGGAGACGUGAAAUCUGUGUUUGUGGGUCACGACCAUGUCAACGACUUUUGCGGUAAACUCAAAGGUUUAAACUUAUGCUACGGUGGUGGAUUUGGGUACCACGCGUAUGGUAAAGUUGGGUGGGAGAGGAGAGCGAGAGUUGUGGUUGCUGAUUUGAAUAAGGAGAGAAGUGGGAAAUGGGGAGAUGUGAAAUCGAUUAGGACAUGGAAGAGGCUUGAUGAUCAGCAUCUCUCUGUUGUCGAUGCUCAGCUUCUUUGGAGCAAUUCUGCAAACGUAUCAGUUGUUUUUUGA